UCUCCUGUUCCUCCCGUUGGUCGAGUUCCUUUUCUUGAUCUCCUUUCGCCGACGGCGGAGGCUUCCGCAAAUUCCGGGCUCAGGGGAAUUGCAGGGUUGUUAGAAGCGUGACAAACGACAAACGUACGCCUCAGGGCGUUUCCUCCCAAAACUCCUCGAGGCAUUACGUAAGGCAUUGAACGCGCGAGUGCCUGUUCCUCUUUUUGAUCUCUUUUCGCCGACAGCAGAUGCUUCCGCAAAUUCCGGGCUCUUCUGGCCCGGGGAAUUGCAGGGUUGGUAGAGGCGUGACAAACCUCAGGGCGUUUUGCACUCGAAACUCCUCGAGGCGUUAGUGUAAAUCACUGAAUUGUGUGAGUGCCUGAGGCGUAUUGUUCAAGUACAGUGCCUCUCGAGUAUCGACUCUCUCCCUCUUUCUCUGCUUGCCGUGCGCGUCGUAAAGGAUUUCAACCAGCGAAAGAUACAGAAAUUAACGAAGGGUAGAGGAGUAUCGUUUCUCUACUCAGAGGAGUGAGCAGCUGCCGUCCAACUUAUGGCUGACUCGAACAGGUUGCCUGGAAUCUAUUGGACAUCAGAACAGAGCAGCGUGCACGUUAGGGAUGAAGGGGAAGAGGAAGAUAUCACCAUACCUGUCAGGGAGAAGGAUUAUGAGCAAGAAGGCCAUGAGCAAGAGGAAGGAGAAGAUGGGGUGGAUGAGGAGGAGGAAGAGGAGGAGGACGAGGAAUGUGGGGAUGAUGAUGGAUACACACUCCGAUUUCAUGGAGAGAUGGACCCCAUGAAGUUUGCAGAGGAGGACGCAUCUGGAGCUCAGCCCUAUGAGCAAUUUGAGAGGCUCAAGUGUGAGGCAUUGGCUGAACGGGAACGCAAACGCAAAGCCCUAGAUAGUUGCUCUAAUGAAGCAGGAAAGAAAGCAAGGCAAGAAGGUUUUUUUGGUGCAAAUAUUGAUGAAAUAAUGGAAGCUGUGGAUUUCAGUUCAAGGCGAAGAUCUAGACAGCCUAAGAAAAGGGGACGAAAGAAGGGUUCAAAAAGUAAACUUAGCCCUGAAGUGAUGGAGAAGCUUGGGAUAGCCAAUCUUCAUUAUGCAUUUGGCCGUUUUGAUGAGGCAUUAAAUGUGUUAAAGGAAGUUGUAAGGCUGGCACCCAACUUAGCAGAUUCCUACCACACGCUUGGCCUUGUAUACAGUGCAAUUGGAGACAAGAAAAAGGCACUGAACUUCUACAUGAUCGCUGCCCAUUUAACACCCAAGGAUGCAUUUCUUUGGAAACGACUCGUUGACUGGUCCAUGGAACUAGGAAAUAUGGGACAAGUUAUUUAUUGUCUUUCAAAAGCAAUAGCAGCAGACCCAGAAGACAUGGGCCUUAAGUUUAAGCGUGCUUCAUUAUAUAUUGAACGAGGUGAUUAUCAAAAGGCAUCCGAGUCCUUUGACCAAAUAUUAAGAAUGCAUCCUGCAGAUGUUGAAGCAUGUAAGAUGUGUGCAAAGAUGUACUGUACAUUUGGCCAGAAAGAGAAAGCGGUUGAGAUAUUGGAAAGAUACGUUCAAGAUCAUUUUGCAGCAGCUGAUUUAAAUUUGUUUAACUUUUUAGCUACCUUGCUUAUGGAAGAUAAGUUUUACCAGAGAGCACUUGAGCAUAUUGAGCGCGCAAGGUCAGUCUACUGCUUGAAGAAGCUACCUUUAUAUCUAAGUGUGAAGGCUGGGAUUUGCUAUGCAUAUCUUGGAGAAAUUGAGAAAUCUGAGAUGCUUUUCAUGGAUUUGCAAAUGGAAAAUGUUGGUGGUUGUGCUGACUUACUAUGGGAAGCUGCCAAUGCAAUGAUGAGCGUUGGGCGUUAUGAGUCUGCACUCAAAUAUUUAUUGUUGCUAAAUGAAAUGCCUGAGCAUAGCAGUGGGCCUCUUUACCUAAAAAUUGCUCAGUGUUAUCUACAUCUAAAAGAAAAUGAGAAAGCUGUUCACUUCUCAUAUAAAGCCGUUGGUGUCAUGGAGGACAGCAUAGAUGCACGGUUGACUUUAGCAUCCUUACUCUGUCAAGAGAAUAAAGAAGAUGAAGCCAUUUCUUUGCUUAUUCCUCCAGACUCUCUGGGACCAACUAGUAAUGAGCCAAGUGUUACAGACUCAGUAGCUUGGUGGAGGAGCACUGACAUACGAAAAAAACUUGCAAAAAUUUAUCUUGGAAAAGACAUGCUUGCUGAAUUUGUUGAUACAAUUUUCCCAGUUAUUCAUGAAACACUGUUGAUUGAAAUCACAAACAUGAAGGUCAGAAUGCGGAAGAAGCUUCCAAAAAGUGUUCUUUCAGAAAGAGUAAAGUUGUUAGAUGUUGAACAAAGCGAUGUCAUAUUUCGUGGAUUCAGACCUAUUGCAUCCUCAACGGACAUGACAAAAGCCUCCAGAGCACGGAAAAAGCUCCAACAGAUUGCGGCUGAAAAGGAAGAAAAAAGGGCUGCAGCUCUGGCUGCUGGGCAGGAAUGGCAAAGUGAUGAUUCAGAUGAUGAACCUCAGCAGCAAGCAGUGAGAGAGCCUCCCCUUCCCAACCUCCUCAAGGAUGAUGAGCACUAUCAAUUACUUGUAGAUCUUUGCAAGGCAUUGGCAUCUUUGCACCGUUACUGGGAAGAAUUGGAGAUCAUUAACCGUUCUCUCAAAGCUGGUGAACACAUUUUGCCUGCUGAGAGAAAGGAAGAACUUCGAACGCUUGGUGCUCAAGUUGCAUAUAGGACUAGGGACCCAACUCAUGGGUAUGAUUAUGCACGAUACAUGGUUCAAAAACAUCCAUACAGCAUGGCAGCAUGGAAUUGCUACUACAAAGUUGUUUCCAGGAUGGAGAGUCGGUUUUCAAAGCAUAGUAAGUUCUUGUUGUCGAUGCGGGGAAAGUACAAAGAUUGUGUGCCCCCUAUUAUGAUUUGUGGGCAUCAAUUUUCGAUGAAUAGCCAGCAUCAGACAGCUGCUAGAGAAUACUUAGAAGCAUACAAGUUGCAGCCAGAUAACCCGUUGAUCAAUCUCUGUGUUGGUACUGCUCUUAUCAAUUUGGCGCUUGGCUUAAGAGUUCAGAACAAGAACCAGUGUGUAGCACAAGGCCUUGCAUUUCUUUAUAACUAUCAACAUCUUUCUCAAAAUAGCCAGGAAGCCUUGUAUAAUAUAGCGAGGGCAUUUCACCAUGUUGGUUUUGUGACAUUAGCAGCUGCAUAUUAUGAGAAGGUCCUUGCAACACAUGAGAAAGACUACCCCAUUCCUAUGCUUCCCAGUGAAGAGGAAGGCCUCGAAAUUGGAAUGAAAGGAUACUGUAGCCUUCACAGAGAGGCUGCAUAUAAUUUGCACUUAAUCUACAAAAGCAGUGGAGCCUUAGAUCUUGCCAGGCAGGUCUUGAAGGAUUAUUGCAGGCUUUGAUGCACGGCAUGCACAUAAUUUUGAGAACCUUCUAUCAUGUACAUAGUAAGAUAUUUUCUGCAAGACCAACAGGAGACAUGCACACAGAGGCACCCUCACACUAAUACAGGCGUAUGUUGGACGACUAUUUGACAGAUUGCUCGAGAUAUAUGGAAAUUAGUAAUGCUUCCUAUUCGCUGUCUUCAGUACCCGCAAAGAUCCAGAAGUGUGCGCUACUUAUGUACAACUGAUGGUAAUUACAAAAGCUAGCAUUUUUGUACUUAAUACCCAUAAUAUAUAGGUGAAGUGCUUGGUCAAAGUGAUGUUUUAUUUAUAGCAAAACAGGCUACAUAUGUAAACAUUUCUAGGAAUAGCUGUAAGUGUUUAUUAUGAAAUAAAGAAAAUCUUUCAUGCAUAUAACGUGA